AGCCCGUGAGAUGAGGCUGCGGGCCGGGCGGGAGCGCGGGCGCCAUGGCAUCGCUCUUCCCGGCUAAAGGCAUCAGGAGAGCGGGCAGAGGAGACGACUGCAGCUCGGGAGAAGAGGAGAGGGCGGCCGGGGCCGUGAUGGUGGUGGGAGGGCUGGGAGAGUCUCCAGGCCCCGGUUCCGAUUCGGACAGCCGCUCGUCCUCCCCGCUGAACUGCCUGACCGAGCAGUUCGAGAGGGCGGUGCAGCGCGUCCCGACGCUGGUGGCCGCCGCCGGCAAGGAUCAGCUCCUCUACUUGUACGCGCGCUAUAAGCAGGUCAAAUGUGGUCACUGCAACAUUCCCAAACCUGGAUUUUUUGAUUUUGAAGGCAAGCAGAAAUGGGAAGCUUGGAAAGCAUUGGGUGACACAAGUCUUGAGCAGGCAAUGCGAGAGUACAUUGAUGCUGUGAAAAAAUUGGACCCUACAUGGAAUCCACAGGUAUCAGAAAAGAAAGGAAAGGAAGGAAAAGCUGUAUUUGGAGGUCCAGUUGUCAGCUCACUGUAUCAAGAAGAAACCAUCAGGGAGGAAGAUAAGAACAUAUUUGACUAUUGCAGAGAAAACAAUAUUGACCAUGUAACCAAAGCCAUCCGAUCAAAAAAAGUCGACGUGAACACAAAAGAUGACAAGGGCAGAGCUUUGCUGCAUUGGGCAUGUGAUAGAGGACAUAAAGAACUUGCUACAGUACUUCUCCAACACACUGCUGAUGUCAAUAGCCAGCUGUGCUGGACACUUAAGCAAAGACAGCUGGGAUCAGCUUCUGAAGUUACCAGGAUGAUGAAGGUCAAACAGCAUUGCAUUAUGCUUCUACCUGUGAAUUUUCUGAUAUUGUGGAACUGUUGCUUCAAUCUGGAGCCGACCCUACUCUUCGGGACAUGGAAGGGUACUUGCCUGAGGAGGUGACAGACUGUAGAGUAAUCACCUCUAUGCUCCAGGAACACACAGCUGGCAAAGCUUAACUGAAAGGCCAAGGAAGUGAAGCCCAAGGCUUUCAGAAUGGAACAAAAACUGUAAUAAAUCCAUCCUUCUCCUAUUGCAUAGUCUGCACAAUGCAUAAGGAUUGGAAUUUGUUGAAUGAAAGUGCUUGGUAUUGAUACGUAUUUGGAAAACCAAAAAGAAAGUAGUGGACUGUGAAUCACACAGCAUAGCCUACUAUCUACGAUGUGAAAAAUAACCUCGGCCAUAGUUUGUGACUUGCUAUUUGCUUAAUAGUUCCCCCCAGUUUUCCCCCCCAGUCUUAAAACCAAUUAAAAGGAUAUAUUGGAUUUCUGCUAUCGUGUCAGAUGUAGCUGUAAGAGAUGUUCAGUUGGGUAGGAUUGCACGCUACAAGCCUGAUACAGCACAAGUCUUACUUCACCAGCACAGGAGUUUCAUCAUGUAUGGAGGCUACAGAGAAAAAAAAGGAACCGUAUUGAAGUCCUGUGUGUUCCUUCUUGAGAAUAAGCCCUAAUUAGACACACGAAUAGUGUUGAACUUUCUUUCCCAAGUGGAUUUAAGGACUAGCUUCUUAUUUGCUUCAUGCAACUUCUAGGAAAGGAAGAUCCAACUGGGGGAAAGGAAGAUAUGAGCCAGUUUAUCAAACCUUUUUUUUUUUCAAACUCCCACAUUAGUGACAGUGUUAUUAUUUAUAUUUUUUUGAACUCAGAAUUAGAAGUACUGUGUUUCUCUAAGACCUAAAAAUAAGGGCGGUGGGCAUUUUUUCCUUGAUCCUAAACUGAUUCUUAAACCAGUUAGCUAAGUAGUUGCUGUGUUGUUAAACUAUGAGGACUGAUAGGCAUGUUAAUUGUGUAUAUCUCUCUGUUUCUGGUAUAAAAAUACUUUCCUGCAUGAUAUGAGAUAUAAAAAAAUGUUCCUGGAAUGUUUCUCUUUUUUCAUCUGCCAUUAAACCAAACUAGUUAUAUAAAAAGUAUUGUGUUUAUA